AUGGCCACAGACAAUAGAAAUGGUGAAUCGGAACAGAAACUUCAGCUGAACGGUCACACUUCGACGCCAAAAGCAACUCCACCUAGUGCCGAAGAUGAGUGGACUAUUCUGGAGCGAGUUUAUCGAGUGUUGGUUGACGAAGGUUAUCUCGGUUCCAGCACACAUCAGAAGCCGGUGGUUACGUUUGAAUAUCCGGAGGAUCUUAAGAAGUUGAUACACUUCCCGAUGGAUGAACGGACACCGAGUAAUGGGACAACGGUAGAACGGAUCGUGCGGCAAGUGUUGCAGUAUUCUGUUCGCACCGGUCACAACCAUUUCCACAAUCAACUGUUUGCCGGUGUUGAUCCAUACGGAUUGACCGGAAGCUGGAUUACCGAGGCGCUCAACACGAGCCAAUAUACAUUCGAGGUUGGACCAACGUUUACGUUGAUCGAAGAUGCGGUCAUCGACAAAUGUUUGCGACUGUUCGAUUUCGGCGAUGGGGAUGGAAUUCUUUGUCCGGGUGGUUCCAUGUCCAACAUGUACGCCAUGGUUGCGGCCCGAUAUCGCACGGUACCAGAUGUAAAGCGAACCGGUGUAAUGAAUCUUGCAGAACCUUUGGUUGUAUUUACCUCCGAGGAUGCUCACUACAGCAUUACCAAGGGGGUACACUGGCUUGGGAUUGGAUUAAACAAUCUGGUCAAGGUAAAAAGUGAUCGCCGAGGAUGCAUGAUACCGGAAGAGCUCGAGCUUGCUAUCCAGGCGGUGAUCGACUCUGGACGAAAACCGUUCUUCGUCAAUGCAACGGCCGGUACAACCGUUCUCGGAGCGUUCGAUGAUUUUAAUCUCAUCGCUGAUGUGUGCCAGCGGUAUGGCAUUUGGCUGCAUAUAGACGCUUGCCUCGGAGGUACCGCUGUUCUGUCCCGCCGUCACAAACAUCUACUGAGUGGCGUUAAUCGUGCGCAAUCGCUCGCCUGGAACCCACACAAAACACUCGGCGCUCCACUACAGUGUUCGAUUUUCUUGAUCAAGGAACGUGGCCUUCUGCAUGAAUGCAAUGCCGCCAAGGCGGACUAUCUGUUCCAGCAGGACAAGUUCUACGACAUCUCGUACGAUACGGGCGACAAAAGUGUGCAGUGUGGCCGAAAGGUGGAUGCGUUCAAGUUCUGGCUCAUGUACAAGGCACGCGGCUCGGAUGGGCUUGAAGCGCUUGUCGACAAUGCGUUUGAGUGUGCCCGAUCGCUGCACGAACAGCUUCGCAACAGGACCGGCUUCCGGCUGGUGUUGGAAGAGUAUCAGUACACGAACAUCAGCUUCUGGUAUGUGCCCUCCUGGAUGAGAGUGGCCGGACGGGAAUGCGAGACGAGCGACUGGUGGCAACGGUUGUACAGCGUUACGGCCGACAUUAAGGAACAGCUGGUAAAGCGUGGAACCGUGCUGAUCGGUUACGUACCGCUGCUGCAUAAAGGGAUUGGUAAUUUCUUCCGUAUGGUUGUAACCUGCCACCCGCGACCAACUCCUGAAACAAUGCAGUACAUUAUCGACGAGAUCGAGCGAGUCGGCGAAGAGUUGAUGCCACAAAAAUAA